AUGAAGAUGUCAGAAGAGGCGAUUGAUCGUCUCGAGGGUCGAGCGGACACUUUCGGAGGAUUAGAAAUUCGUAAGAAGAAGUCCGACAGUGAGAAAAAACCACACGCGGAAAGCAGAUCGGUACUCGGACUUGAUCGUCUGGCACGGGCGAAGAAGGAGGAACAUUUGAGAAAAAGACACGAGGGGAAUGAAACUCCGGAUGUCGGAGUAACUGACAGUGUUCGACGAGGCAUUCAGAAAUACCAAGCUGAGAAGUAUCGAGAUGAGCGUCGCGGUUUGGUUGCUGAUAGUAGAAAGCGUGACCGUGAUCGAGAUCGCGACAAAAAAGAUCGUAAUGACGAGCGGGAUUCGAAAGGCAGUCGGGAAGAUCGAAGGGGUUCUGAUCGCAGCGAUCGACGAGAUGAGAAGAGAAAGCGCAAAGAAUACGAGACCCCAGAUUUCAAGGUCCCAUUUACACCUUCACGGUACGGCUGGAAUGAUGAUGAUGGUCCAGUCCGAAAGUCUUCAUGGGAUACACCGUCUCCUAGAACAGUGUCUUCAUCCCGCCGGGGAGACUCCGAGAGAAGU